AUGCUUGGCCUUCUUUGGCAACCUAACACGGACGAAUUCCGGUUCAAAUUAAAAAUCGAUCUCGCGAAGACGGCUAAUCCGACUAAGCGAGUCAUUCUAUCUACCGUAGCGAAAAUUUUCGAUCCAUUGGGUUGGAUCGCUCCAGUUGUAAUCGUAGCCAAGAUUUUUAUUCAAAAGCUAUGGGUGGCCAAGCUUGAUUGGGACGACCCGUUACCACUGGAGUUGACCAAACAAUGGCGCGAAUAUGCAACGGAAUUUAACGCAUUACCGAACGUUUUCAUACCGCGAUGGGUCGGGAUCGGUAAUGAUUCCCUGCAUUACGAAAUUCACGGCUUUGCAGAUGCCUCUCAAGACGCGUAUGCAGCCGUAAUUUAUUUACGCGUAACCAACGUCGCGAAUGAGACCACGGUACAUAUAUUGCUUUCUAAGACUAAAGUAGCUCCAUUGAAGCCACUCACAAUUCCGCGUCUCGAGCUAUGCGCUUGCCUAAUAAUGACGCGUUUGAUCGAACACGUGCAAGUUACAUUAAAACUUAAUAAUUGCACGGUGUACUGCUGGACCGAUUCCACAGUAUCACUCGCGUGGAUAAAUAAGCAACCGAGCGAACUAAAAACAUUUACUGCGCAUCGGGUCGCAGAAAUUCAAAAUCGCGUGCCUAACGCUAUUUGGCGACACGUACCUUCGGGUCAUAAUCCCGCUGACUGCGCCUCUCGUGGUCUAUCGGUGUCACAGCUGCUUCAACAUACCCUUUGGUGGCACGGCCCUUCCUGGCUUAUACAAGCUCCUAAUGAGUGGCCAGAAAGUAAGCCUACGGUCCCGAAGGAAGCUGAAGCAGAAGUUAAAAUUAAUAUCAGCAUGUUACACGUUCAAUCGGAGACGGAAUGGGAUCUGCCAAUGCGCACAUCUUCAUGGCGAAAACUUUUACGCAUCACCGCGUACGUUUUCCGAUUUACCUCGCGAAAUAAAGGGAAUCGCUAUUCAGACACGGUUAUUACCGCGGCUGAGAUCCUCGCGGCGCGUAAAUUCUGGAUCACGUACGUCCAGACUCGGCAUUAUCGACGGGAAAUAGCGGCUAUGCUUAAGGGCGAAUCCCUGUUAAAAGCUAGCCCGUUACUUCGGCUUAAUCCGUUUCUUGGCGAAGAUGGUACUGUCCGUGUUGGCGGGCGGUUGCGCAACUCAGAACUUCCGCAACGCUUUCCGAUAAUAUUACCGGUGCAUCGAAUCACCGAACUCAUCAUCGCUGAUUGUCACGAGAACACGUUACAUGGGGGCACGCAGUUAAUGUUAAAUGUUUUACGGCAAACGUUUUGGAUCGUCAACGCGCGACGGCUAGUUAAAGGCCACAUUCACAAAUGCGUCACGUGCGUGCGUUGGCGGGCGGUCACCGCAAGUCAACAAAUGAGCGACUUACCUGCGGUGAGAGUCACUCCAUCUCGAGCGUUCGUCCAUUGCGGCCUGGAUUACGCAGGACCGUUCUCUGCUCUCGCGUAUCGUGGACGUGGGCAAAGGGCGCAAAAGGUUUACAUCGCUCUUUUUGUUUGUUUGGCGACUCGCGCUAUCCACCUCGAAUUGGUGCGCGACUACUCCACUUCAGCGUUUCUAGCAGCAUUUGAACGCUUCACGUCUCGCCGCGGAUUGGCUACGAAUUUAUAUAGCGAUAAUGGGACUAAUUUCCAAGGCGCUAAUAAAGAAUUAAUGAACGCGUUUAAACAAGUAACGACAGACACUCACCUUCGUUCGCGUUUAGCUGCCGAUUAUAUCACGUGGCACUUUAUUCCGCCGGCAGCUCCUCAUUUUGGAGGAAUCUGGGAGGCAGGGGUCAAAAGCGUUAAGACCCAUCUGCGACGCAUGCUCGGCGAUCGUACGCCUACUUGCGAGGAACUAAUUACGCUCCUCUGCCGCAUCGAGGCAUGUUUAAAUUCACGCCCUUUGGCUCCUUUAAACGAUGACCUCGAGUCAUGUGAGGCCCUCACUCCAGGUCACUUUCUCGUGGGCGCAGCAUUAAAAUCUGUUCCGGUGCCAUCAGUACUGGAAAUUAACGAGAAUCGCUUAUCGAGAUGGCAACUCGUUCAACAGCUCACGGAAAAGUUCUGGAAAGCAUGGGCUAACGAUUACUUACACACAUUACAGGCGCGAUCGAAGUGGUGUAGUCGCGUCCCCAACCUCAAAAUCGGGGACUUAGUUCUACUCAAGAGCUCGACGCUUCCCCCGGCGAAAUGGGAACUAGGUCGGGUGACCGAAUGUCAUCCUGGUAAAGACGGCCUCAUUCGUGUAGUCACCGUAAAGACUGCACAUUCGCAAUAUGUACGUCCGAUCGCUAGGUUAUGUAAGUUACCGAUUAGCCAUUAA